UCUAGUCUAAUAACAACGCAUAUCAACUUAUCAAAAUCAAACCUCCGGACAAAAAAAAAAAAAAAAUGGUACUCUAUCUUCUUCUCCUCACCUUCGCCAUCACCAUCCUUAUCGCUAUCACCGCUUCCCGAUUUCUCUCCACCUCUGCAGCUUCCAAACACCGGCUGCCGCCAGGCCCAAAACCAUGGCCGAUAAUAGGCAACAUCCCUCACCUCGGCAAGCAAAUUCACGUCUCCCUCCAACGCUUCUCCCACCUCCACGGCCCUCUCAUCUCCCUCCGCCUCGGCACCCAGCUCCUCAUCGUCGCCUCCUCCCCAGCCGCCGCCGCAGAAAUCUUGAGAAACCACGACCGCCUCCUCUCCGCCAGAUACGUAGCCACCAUCGUGCCUUACGACACGGCAGAGCUCGACCGUAAGGCGAUCGUCUGGUCUUCCAACUGCAACAAUGACAGUUGGAAGGCCUUCCGAUCAAUGUUCAGGAACCAGAUAUUCUCCGCGAGGGCGAUCGAAUCUCAGGCCUCCGUCAGGGAGAGGAAGGUCGCCCAGAUGGUGGAAUAUCUUGAUGGAAAAUUAGGGGAGCCGGUUCGUAUCGGCGAAGUGGUUUUCGCUGCCAUCUUCGACUCGCUGUCGAAUCUCAUGUUCUCGCGAGAUUGCAUCGGGUUCGAAAGCAGCAGCGAGACUGCGAAGCGAUUGAAGUCGCUGAUUUGGAGGAUGAUGGAACUGGGGACUAAAACUAAUCUCGCCGAAUUUUUUCCAGUUCUGAGGAAAAUGGAUCCUCAGGGGCUGAGACGCGAGAUGUUUCGCUGUUGCAAUGAGCUCUACUCCGUCUGGCAGCCUUACGUCACAGAGAGGAGGGAGCGACGGCGGGGGCGAGAGCGAUCUGGUGUUGAAGAUUUCUUGGAUGUUUUCCUGGAAAAUGGACUCGAUGAUGACCAGAUUGACUGGUUGACUCUCGAAUUGUUCUCCGCCGGUACGGAUACUAGCGUGGCAACAAUAGAAUGGGCGAUGGCCGAGCUGAUUCGAAACAAAGGAGCGAUGGACAAGCUGCGGGAGGAGCUGAAGGUUGAAUUGUCACCACUGCUCGAGGGAAAACCGCUAAUCGACGAAUCUGAAGUAUCUCGGCUUCCAUAUUUGAGCGCAAUUGUGAAGGAGACGCUGAGGUUACACCCUCCGGCGCCGUUGUUACUGCCGCAUCGAGCGCAGGAGACUUGCGAGGUGAUGAAUUACACGAUCCCUGAAGGGGCUCAGGUUUUGGUCAACGUGUGGGCUAUUUCUAGGGAUCCGACGGUGUGGGAGGAUGACCCUUCCUCGUUUAAGCCGGAGAGGUUCAUUGGUUCGAAGGUGGAUUUUAGAGGGCAAGAUUUCGAGUUGUUACCGUUCGGCGCUGGGAGGAGGAUGUGCCCUGGAGUAUCAUUGGCCACCCGAAAAAUUCCAUUGGUUUUGGCUGCUUUGGUUCGAAGCUUCGAUUGGUGCCUUUCCAAUGGAGAAGAUCCGACGGAGUUGGAUAUGAGUGAGAAGUUCGGGACCACGUUGGAGAAGGAACGACCUCUGCUUCUUGUUCCCAGCCAGAGUUCGUUAUGACGUCUUCCAUGUUUCUUUCAGAGCCAAGAGUCACUUCAUGCAGUUAAAAUAAAAAAAAAUAAAAAGCAAAGGAGAAUGAUCAUCCAUAUAUGGAAUUAAUCUUUAGUCAAGGCUUGUGUGAAUGUAUUUGUACAAGCUUUGUUACGGAUUCGUUGGACGAAUGAGUUUUGUUUAUCAUUAACAUUUAUAUCACUUCUUAUGAUAAUCAAAUUAUUUUGGAUUUUUUGGUCUUUUGUGUUUUUUUUUAUUAAUGAUGAUACGAAAACUUUUAUUGCAAAAAGGAACGAAGACCGCCAGAAAUAGCAAUGAAAAUGACAGCAAAGGCAAAAAGGUCUAUUGUGUUGUUGUAAUCAUUAUUCGAGAAAUAUUUUUGAGCUCUCAUAUGAGAUCCUAAUGCAUGUCAUUAAACAAGGACCAGUUUAUAGCUUGGUUAAUUCGAAUAAUAAUAUUCAACAUAAUAGUUUUAAGUUCUUCAUUUAAAUAAUGGUUUAGGCUAUUGUAUUUAUCUUAUGCCCAAUUUUGUUAUUUGAAUAAUGACUUCAUCAAAGUUUUAGACAUGAUAUUAUUUCAUAACUUUUAAUUGAUGACCCUCAAUUCCUAAUUUCUAAACCAAAUCCAUAAGAUCAAUUUAAUCAAAAUAAUGAUAAUCGAUAAAUCUGAUUCAUCAAAGUAUAUAAAAUGCACCUAAUAUUUGUGAACAUAAGCAUGUAUUAUAUACAUCAGAUAUGUGCUAGUUUUUGUCGUAAAUAAUACAUGUUAGUCAGUUAAGAACUUAAGAUAGUGAAGUCGAUUCCCAAUUUAUAAAAUGUUGAGAAAAGUCAUCCUUGAAAUGAAAGAUAAUUUGGAAU